ACCAACACAAAGACAGCACAAACAAAAAGAACUUGCCAUGCAGAACUCAGUAGCACAGUGCUUUCUCCUCUCUGUUGGGGCUGUUAUUUUUAGCUCUUGUCUAAGAGAGUCUACAGCUCAACGGGAGCAUGAGGAAGCAUACAAGGGCCUGCAGCUGGAGGCUCUGAAGAGCAUUAUUCUGGAGUACCUGGGGAUGGACGCACCACCCAGGCCUGGUGGAAGAGCCUCUCAUAAGGACCUGGUCAGGAUGUACAAGCAGUAUAGGAGAACGAGAUACUUGCUUAAAGCCAAUUCCAGUGCCGAACAGGAGCUUCAGCCUGCAAGAAGAGCCUCUAGGGUGCUCUUUCCCACAACAGUUCAGCCUCUGAAUUCCACCAUGGAUUCCAGGCAGCAGUGGUUCAGAGCUGCUUUCUACAAAAACUCACGCAUUAAAACUGGAGUCAACCUUAAACACGCAAGGCUGCAAAUUAAGAGACCGCACAUGAACAAAAUUACACCGGGCCAGCCGUGGCUCUCAAAAGACGUUGUGGUUAGAAUUCAUAAACCUCCCGGUUUCCGUACAGAGACUGUAUUUCUCACAGGGGACUUGAGCUGUCAGGAUGUUACGUUGGAUUUGACGGUUGCGGUUGUGCAGUGGCUUAAAAACACGAGUGCUGAGCUUUUAGUUGUUGAAAUUUGCCUCCUUAAAAAACAAGAAGUGAGUACACAAUCCACGCCUCAGCUUGUUUUACAACUUGACCAAGCAGCGAGGAGGAGAAACAAGAGAGCUCUGUCUACAAGAGAGGAAAGCGUUGAGGACGAAGGACACUGCAGGCGAAAAUCAUUAAAUGUUUCCUUCAAAGACAUCGGCUGGUCAGACUGGGUUAUCGCUCCCUCGGGCUACACUAUGCAUUACUGUGAUGGUUCCUGCCCACAUAAUUAUAAACCUGCUAGUAUGCAUACGCAGGUGAAGUCUCGUCUGCAUCUCAUAUCCAAAGGAACAACACCUGGGCCUUGCUGCGUACCAGCUGCAUAUGAACCAAUGGUUCUCAUGCACUAUGACAGUCGUGGAAAGUUGAAGCUCACGCCUUUCAACGACUUGAUAGUUAGUAAAUGCCACUGUGCAUGAACAACAUAUGGGACUUCUUAUCCACUGAACAUUAUAUUCUCAAAGGAGAAGAUGAAAAGAAGGGCAAAAUAUCUAGUUGAUACAAUGUUCUCACGCUCACUCGGUUACAUUCCUUUGAUUUAUAAAAUAGUUUGGCUUCUUUAAGAAACCAGAUGCCUGCUUUUCUACAUACACUGAUGUGUUGAAUGGGUACUGUAUUUCCAUGUGAUUGACUUACUGGAACAAUAAGUUAUUUAUUGUAAUUUAUUUUUAAAUGUUUUGUACUGGCUUGUUGUUGUGUUGUGAAUGAAUCAAGAAACCUUUUGUAUUUUUUGAAAGAAUGUUAAUAAACUAUUGCUUUAAGGAAACAUAUUUUCAGUAUGGAUGAAACACAUUUCAACAAAGACAAUUCAACCUAUUUGAAUAUAAGAUGAAAAUCCUUACGUAUAGUAUUCUGUGAAAUCAAAUUAGGGUUGAGCUGCCGUGAAAACUCCGGAUGUAGUUAAAAAGCUUUAAAUCCAUGUUUAAAUACUGUUAAAUUGUGGAGAACAGGCCCUCAGAAUGAAUCAUCUGCGUAUGACUCACGCAGAUCGUAAAACAAUGAAUUCACACAUACGUUUUACGUACGUAAGUGUAAACUUAUAAAUUACAGUCUUUUACAAGAAUAUUUUACAAUAUCCGCUCCGUUCUAGAUAGUAUUUCAAGGUGAGGUCGUGCCAUGAAUAUCCAUGAGGAGUAUUUAUCCAUGCUAAUCAAUAUCCAUAUUUUUCCUAUCUAUAAAGAUCGGCCAGAUCUAACAUUUGUAGCCUUGAAACCACACAUAAGUGCCAUUGGCCUUGACCAGAGAGUGAAUGUCCUCUGGAGCAACCACAGCAGAGGCAUGAGUUCAUCUGUGACUCAGUAUUUACAUAAUACUGUGAUACUGGAUCCCACUGUAGUACAUAAAUAUUUGUUGUCUUUAAAUUUGGUACUAAAUACUUUUGAGAUACAUUAUCUGAUGUUUUGUUUCAACAUGUCUGAUCGAUUGUUUUGAUAUAAUGUAAUAAUUUAAUUGGCAGGGAUAACAAUAGUAACUGUAAUGAUCGCACAAUGAAGCAUAAAGCAAUAAACUCUUACUUGUACUUCUUGUAUCAUUUCACUCGCUUCAAAGACAAAGUACUGGCUCGAAUAUCAAUAA